CUGGUCAGCGACGAAAACAGGACUGUCAUCGAGGUGGUCAACUACGUGUUUCUGUGCGGCUUCAUCUCGCUGUUCGGCAUCGCGUCCAACUCCAUCAACAUCGUCAUCUUCUUCAAGCAGGGGCUCCGGACCACCAUGAACAUCAGCUUCUUCGGACUGGCCAUCUCGGACCUGUGCAGCCUCAUCAGCCUGCUGUUUUUCACCAUCUUGCUGAACCCGCUCGUGGAGAACUCCGACAUCCCGAUGAUCUCCAGGGAGAUCCAGUACCUGGUCGCCGGCUGGCCCUACGUCUGCUUCACCCGCAUCACGAGUCUCAUCACGGCCUUCGUGACGGCGGAGCGAUGCCUGUGCAUCACGUGCCCGCUCAAGGUCAAACAGAUCAUCUCGCCACGACGGGCCACCGUGGCCGUGUGCGCCACUUACGUCAUCAUGAUUCUAUUCCUGGUUCCGGAAUACGCCACGUCGUACAUCGACUGGAAGUUUUACCCGCCGAGGAACACCACCCGGCUCGGCCUCGUCUUCACCAGCAACAGAAAGAGCAUGGAAGGUCUGGUGUUUAUUCUCAACGCGAGCCUCGGCGCUCUGUCCUACCUCCUCGUCGUCGUCUUCACCGCCAUCUUGAUCUGGAAGCUCAAACAUAAUUCAAAAUGGCGGGAGACGACGAACGGAGAUCGGACGGCGUGGACGCUGAGCCGGGACAGGAAAGCGGUCAACAUGGUUCUGCUCAUCGCGAGCGUUUCGAUCGUCUGCUCCGCGCCGAGCAUCAUCCUGUCGGUCGUGACCUUCUUCGAGCCCGAGUUCAGCAUCCUCGGGUUUUAUCGUAACAUUUUCUUUAUCACGUGGUCGUUCGCCUUCUGCUUCGGCGCCCUCAACUCCAGUGUCAACAUCUUCCUGUACCACCGGAUGAGCUCCAAGUUCAGGAAAAGCUUCGAGCAGCUG